ACCAAUCUUAUGAAAUCCGACUGCUGGAGAAUCGGAAGUUGGGAGACUUUCAAGAUCUGAACACAAAAUAUGUCAAGAGCAUCAUCCAGGUGGUUUUCCACGACCGCCGACUGCAGUACACAGAGCACCAGCGGCUGGAGGGAUGGCAGCGGAGCCGGCCCGGACACCGAAUCCUGGACAUUGAUAUUCCACCGUCUGUUGGUAUCUUGGACCCCAGGGCCAGCCCAACACAGCUGAACGCAGUCGAAUUUUUGUGGGACCCUUCAAAGAGAGCCACUGCAUUCAUUCAGGUGCACUGCAUCAGCACGGAGUUCACCCCCAGGAAGCACGGGGGUACAGGAGUGCCUUUCCGAGUGCAGAUCGAUACAUUUAAGCAGAAUGAGAAUGGGGAGUACACAGAACACUGGCACUCAGCCAGCUGCCAGAUCAAGGUGUUUAAGCCAAAGGGAGCUGACCGAAAACAUAAGACCGACUGGGAAAAGAUGGAGAAAAGAACUGCCCAAGAAAAAGCGAAGUACCAGCCAUCCUACGAGACCACCAUUCUCACACAGUGCUCCCCGUGGCCUGACAUGGCCUACCAGGUGAACAGCGCCCCAUCUCCAAGCUACAACGGCUCUCCAAAUAGCUUCGGCCUUGGUGAAGGGAACAGCUCUUCGACACACCCGGUGGAGACCCUGCCCCUGAGCAACGAUCACCUGCUCCCAUCAGCCUCCAUCCAGGAUGCCCAGCAAUGGCUCCCCCGAGACAGGUUCUCACAGUUCUCUUGGCUGUUCACCAGUUUCUCAGGUGCUGACUUGCUGAAUAUGUCUCGAGACAAUUUGGUCCAGAUCUGUGGCCGAGAUGGGAUCUGGCUCUUCAAUGCCAUCAAAGGCCGGAAUGUGAGGCCAAAGAUGACCAUUUACAUCUGUCUGGAGCAGGAGCAGAACAGAGCACCCCUGCAGCAGAAGCGGGAUGGUUGGGACGGCAGUCUGUGUGUGACCCAUGCCAUCUUCUUGGAAGAGCUAACCACGUUGGAGCUGGUUGAGAAGAUCGCCAACCUGUACAGCAUCUCCCCGCAGCACAUCCAUGGAGUCUACUGGCAGGGCCCCACAGGCAUCCACGUGCUGGUGACCAACGAGAUGGUGCAGAAUUUCCAAGAUGAGUCUUGUUUUAUCCUCAGUACCUUAAAAGCCGAGAGCAACGAUGGCUACCACAUCAUCCUGAAGUGUGGCCUCCGAGCAGAAGUAGAGUGUGUAAGCCAGAGCCUCCCACUCCCAGCACCGUGGAUUCCUUUGGAUGUAGAACCUGCACCACCGUAAGCUUUGGCCUCACCUGGCAAGCUGUGACUGGGAGGGACUUGGCCCAGUCUGUGGCAGCCAUGGACCAGUAACCAGCGGGAACCUGUGGAUGCGGUCUCUGGCACGCAGAAAGCCAAUGGCUCCUCUCUCCUUCCUCUUGACCUCCAGCUUUUGAGCGGUUCCUUGUUCUUUGCCUGCUAUCCUAAAGACGCAAAUGGCAGGGCAUCUUCUCUGAAACCCCUCAGUCCCUUGUUGGAGGCUGGUUCACUGGGUAUCUUGGUGCCACUGUAUCCUUCUGACUACUCCCCUGCCUCCAGGGAAAGCCCUGCCUCCCGUCAGCCGUCAUCUUCUCUGGUGACCAGGACUGUUGACUGGGUAACUUGCCACCAUUCUACCUUCACGUUGGUUUCCCUUCUCAGCGGCCCUCAUGAGUG